GGAGGGCACACCUCUGCAGAUCACCUGCCUUGUUGCCCACUCAUCCUCAGGAUCACUGGGGUUAGCAGAAAAUGCAGACACAGCCUGCCGUGGCCCUGCAGGCAGUUCCGGCUAAGGGGGAGGCUAAACAGGACUGCUGCAUGAAAACCGAGCUGCUGAGAGAAGAGAUCCCCAUGGCUGCCGAUGAAGGUUCAGCGGAGAAACAGGCAGGAGAGGCUCACGUGGCUGCAGAUGGUGAAACCAAUGGAUCCUGUGCGAAAAGUGAUGACAACAGUCAUCCAAGUGCAGCGAAGCAUACUCAGGAGGGCACAAAAGUUAGCCCACAGGAGGGCCUCAAUAAACUACCCCGUAUAGCAGAAAAUGGGAUUUCAGAAAGAGACUCAGAAGUGGGGAAGCAGAACCACGUCACAGCCGAUGACUUUGUGCAGACUUCUGUUGUGGGCAGCAACGGCUACUUCCUGACUCAGCCAGCCCUGCAGGGGCAGCCAGUGAGGACUACCAGCACGCUGGCCACCUCGCUUCCUGGCCAUGCUGCGAAGACCCUUCCUGGAGGGGCUGGAAAAGGCAGGACUCCAAGUGCUUUCCCUCAGAUGCCAGCCACAGCGGCAGCCAUGCCCGGGGAAGGGGGCACAGACACGGAAGACAGGAAACCCGUGGCUCCUGGCCCUGAUGUCAAGGUUCACAGGGCACGAAAGACCAUGCCGAAAUCCAUCCCAGGCCUGCUUGUAGCCAGUAAGGACCCCAGAGACGUCCGAGCAGCUAGAGACCCUAAGGAUCCAAAAGAGGAGAUCAACAAAAACGCUUCUGACUUCGGACGACAGCAGCUUUUACCCCCCUUCCCCUCCCUUCAUCAGUCACUACCUCAGAACCAGUGCUACAUGGCCACCACCAAGUCACAGACAGCUUGCUUGCCUUUUGUUUUAGCAGCUGCAGUGUCUCGCAAGAAAAAACGAAGAAUGGGAACCUAUAGCCUGGUUCCUAAGAAAAAGACCAAAGUGCUAAAACAGAGGACGGUGAUUGAGAUGUUCAAGAGUCUAACUCAUUCCACUGGGGGUCCCAAGGGAGAGAAGGAGCUGGGGGACAGUGCGCUCCACGUGAACGGGGAGAGCCUGGACGUGGACUCCGAGGAGGACGACUCGGAUGAGCUCGAGGAGGAGGAGGAGCACGGGGCUGAGCAGGCAGCUGCGUUUCCCACUGAGGACAGCAGGACUUCCAAAGAGAGCACAUCGGAAGCUGACCCUGCCCAAAAGGCGGACGGCGAGUCUGAGGAGGAGCCAGAGUCAGUGGACACGGGGGAGGAAGAGGAAGGCGGAGAUGAGUCUGACUUGAGCUCUGAGUCCAGCAUCAAGAAGAAGUUUCUCAGGAGGAAAGGGAAGACUGACAGCCCCUGGAUCAAGCCAGCAAGGAAGCGGAGGCGGAGAAGCAAGAAAAAGCUGAAUGUGCCAGGUUCAGACGCAUACAAGUCUUCAGGUGGCACAGAGCAGAUGGCGCCCGGGGACAGCGCCGGGUAUGUGGAAGUCUCGCUGGACUCCCUGGAUCUCCGUGUCAAGGGAACUCUGUCCUCACAAGCAGAAGGGCUGGCCAGCGGUCCAGACACGCUGGAGACAGAUGGCCUCCAGGAAGUACCCCUCUGCAGCUGCAGGAUGGAGACCCCCAAGAGCCGCGAGAUCACCACCCUGGCCAACAGCCAGUGCAUGGCUACCGAAAGCGUGGACCACGAACUGGGCCGCUGCACAAACAGCGUGGUGAAGUAUGAGCUGAUGCGCCCGUCCAACAAGGCGCCACUCUUGGUGCUGUGUGAAGACCAUCGGGGCCGCAUGGUAAAGCACCAGUGCUGUCCUGGCUGCGGCUACUUCUGCACGGCGGGUAAUUUCAUGGAAUGUCAGCCUGAAAGCAGCAUCUCUCAUCGUUUCCACAAAGACUGUGCCUCUCGUGUCAACAAUGCCAGCUACUGUCCCCACUGUGGGGAGGACACCUCCAAGGCCAAAGAGGUGACAAUAGCCAAGGCAGACACAACCUCCACCGUGACAUUGGCCCCUGGGCAAGAGAAGAACUCAGCUGCCGAAGGCAGGGCAGACACCACUACGGGCAGCACUGUGGGACCGCCGCUGUCAGAGGAUGACAAGCCGCAGAGCGCAGCUGCCCCCGCCGCCGAAGGCGUCGACCCCACAGGAGCCGGCGGGCUCGCGAGGCCCACCUCCGGGCUUUGCCAGGGACCCGGGAAGGAAACCCUGGAAAGUGCACUGAUUGCACUCGACUCGGAAAAACCCAAGAAGCUGCGCUUCCACCCAAAGCAGCUGUACUUCUCCGCCAGGCAAGGGGAGCUGCAGAAGGUGCUCCUCAUGCUGGUCGAUGGAAUCGACCCCAACUUCAAAAUGGAGCACCAGAGUAAGCGGUCCCCACUGCACGCUGCGGCGGAGGCUGGCCACGUGGACAUCUGCCACAUGCUGGUUCAGGCGGGCGCCAAUAUUGACACCUGCUCGGAAGACCAGAGGACCCCUCUGAUGGAGGCAGCAGAGAACAACCACUUAGAUGCAGUGAAGUACCUCAUCCAGGCAGGGGCCCUCGUGGAGCCAAAGGAUGCAGAGGGCUCCACCUGUUUGCACUUGGCUGCCAAGAAGGGACAUUAUGAUGUGGUUCAGUAUCUGCUUUCAAAUGGACAAAUGGACGUCAACUGCCAGGAUGAUGGAGGCUGGACACCUAUGAUUUGGGCCACCGAGUACAAGCACGUGGACCUCGUGAAGCUGCUGUUGUCCAAGGGCUCUGACAUCAACAUCCGGGACAAUGAGGAGAACAUCUGUCUGCACUGGGCAGCCUUCUCAGGCUGUGUGGACAUAGCGGAGAUACUGCUGGCCGCCAAGUGUGACCUCCACGCUGUGAACAUCCAUGGAGACUCGCCCCUGCACAUCGCUGCUAGGGAGAACCGCUAUGACUGCGUCGUCCUCUUUCUUUCCCGGGAUUCAGAUGUCACCUUAAAAAACAAGGAAGGAGAGACGCCACUGCAGUGUGCGAGCCUCAACUCGCAGGUGUGGAGCGCCCUGCAGAUGAGCAAGGCGCUGCGGGACUCAGCCCCUGACAGGCCCACCCCUGUGGAGAGGACGGUGAGCAGAGACAUCGCCCGGGGCUACGAGCGCAUCCCCAUCCCCUGUGUCAACGCCGUGGACAGUGAGCCCUGCCCCAGCAACUACAAAUACGUUUCUCAGAACUGCGUGACGUCCCCCAUGAGCAUCGACAGGAACAUUACUCACCUGCAGUACUGCGUGUGCAUAGAUGACUGCUCCUCCAGCAACUGCAUGUGUGGUCAGCUCAGCAUGCGCUGCUGGUACGAUAAGGAUGGCCGGCUCCUGCCAGAGUUCAACAUGGCAGAGCCUCCCUUAAUCUUUGAGUGCAACCACGCCUGCUCCUGCUGGAGGAACUGCCGCAACCGUGUCGUGCAGAAUGGUCUCAGCUGGGCUCUGCUGCCCGUCAUGUCCAGCACGCAGCAAGUGUCCACCUGUGCACUGUCUUCCAGGGCGAGGCUGCAGCUCUAUCGGACACAGGACAUGGGCUGGGGCGUACGCUCCCUGCAGGACAUCCCACUGGGCACCUUUGUCUGCGAGUACGUGGGGGAGCUGGUCUCUGACUCUGAAGCUGACGUUCGGGAAGAAGAUUCUUACCUCUUUGACCUUGACAAUAAGGACGGGGAGGUGUACUGCAUCGACGCGCGGUUCUACGGCAACGUCAGCAGGUUCAUCAACCACCACUGCGAGCCCAACCUGGUGCCGGUGCGCGUGUUCAUGUCCCACCAGGACCUGCGCUUCCCCAGGGUCGCCUUCUUCAGCACCCGCCUCAUUGAGGCCGGAGAGCAGCUGGGGUUCGACUACGGAGAGCGCUUCUGGGACAUCAAAGGCAAGCUCUUCAGCUGCCGCUGUGGCUCCCCCAAGUGCCGGCACUCGAGCGCAGCCCUGGCCCAGCGGCUGGCCAGUGCCACGCAGGAGGCCCAGGAGAAUGGCCUGCCGGACACGAGCUCCACGGCUGCCACCGACCCCCUCUGAGACCCGCCAGGCAGCAGGUGCUUGGGCUCAGACCCUGUCGCUUCCGUUCAGGAGAGGAGGAUCCCACACGGCGUCUGCAGUCCUGGCUGGGGCUGGGUGCUGACUUCCUGGAGGGGUCAGAGGUGAGGCCGCAGGCGGGUGUGGCCGUCUCAGCAGUGUUCCCAGGCCUGGGCCCACGGCCCCACGCCACGCUCUGGGAUUCUGCGCUGGCCGGGCCUUGUGAGUCUUGAUGGGGGUUUCGCCAUCGCAACGUCGCUCAUUUCUUCUCCGGUCUCUGGCGUCCCUGCCCCAGCCAAGGCUCCUCUUGUGGCGCCCGCCAAAGCCAUCGUCACCCACAAGCUGCUCCGUGAGACCCGCCCACCACGGCCCGUCGCUGUCAUGGAGACUAGGUCCAAGGACCGCCCCACCACGGACUGUGGAGAAUCGUGGGUUGUCUUUUCAAAGACAUCCUGUAUCUAGUCCUGUCUCUCAAACCUCUGACUGGCAUUGCUCUGCAAGGAAGCGGUGUGGAGGGUGCAGGCGGACCCUGCACCAGCCCCAGCCAGUUCUGUCGCUGCUGGCACCUCCUGUUGAUUUUUAAACCACAUGCUAUGAUGAUGAAUAGACUGAUUUAUUUUCUACCAUUACUGAACAUUAUUAGGACAGACAAAAAAUAAAAAACACGAAACACAGACAACGGUGCUGAUUCUGGUGUGGUCUCUGCUCACCACGUGAACAUAAACUAUCAACUGUACAAAGAGAACGAAGUGAUUUUAGAACAAAAUGCAGGAGAAACUUUUUUUAAAGCGUUAGCCUUGUAGUGCGGAUAAACUCGCCGUCGCCUUUUGCGCGGUGGCUGGCAGGUCAUCCCGUGUUUUGGCGCACACUUUUUAAAUACUGAAGUUAGGCGGUGAUAGUGGUUUGUGUGGCUCUUCUGAACCAUCCACGACGCAGUCAUGUUUCCUUUCUGUUAAAUGUUUCGGACAGUUCCAAGGGCACUCUUUUGGCUCAGACCAUUUCUUGUUCUGUUUUCAAUGAAAUCAAUAAAAAAAAAACUUUA